GAAAAUACAGUAGGUUUGCGCAUGUCCACAGUUUGUUGUAAUACUCGACUACGUUGUAUAUGAAGAUAGCUGCUGAAGGCUGCAUUCAAAUAUAAAAUGGCAGAAGAGACAGUGUCAUUAAACGGAGAAGAAGAAGACCUAAGCCAGUUAAAAAUAUGCGUGUUAUGUGCCACAGAUCUGAAGGACAAGUCCCCCAAACUCCUGCCGUGUUUACAUUCUUUGUGCGAAAACUGUCUAAAUAGUUUAUUCCAGUUACAAGUGCAGCAACAAACUGAAGGUUCUAGUACAACAAAUAACAAUGAAAAAACUGAACCAAAGCCAAGCACAAUAUUGUGUCCUGCUUGUAACUGUACUGUAGAGAAGUCAGCUGUUGUGGAUAACAGAUUCCUGUCUAUUGAAGCACCUGCUGUAAUUGAUGAAGAAGAUGAAGAAGAAAAGGAUGAUGAAGGACCUAUUUGUACAGGAUGUGAAGAAAGUCAGAACGUAAAAGCUACAUCGUUUUGUAAUGAAUGUCAAGAAUAUUUGUGUAAUGAGUGUGUUUUUGCUCAUAAACGUGUCCGAAUAACUAAAGAUCACACCAUAGUUCCUAAAGAUGAAGGUAAAAAGGAUGACGAUUCGCCUGAUAAUUCCACACAAAAAAUGAUAAAUUGUCAAACACAUAAACAUGAACAACUUAAAUUAUUCUGUGAAACAUGUGAAAAACUGACUUGUCGAGAUUGUCAGUUACUUGAACAUAAAGAUCAUAAAUAUCAAUUUUUGCAAGAAGCUAUUACGCAUCAACGUGAAAAUUUACAAAAUGCUGUGGUCAACUUAAAGACAAAGUUGGGAAAUUAUAAACAAGCCAAUGAAAUUUUGAAAGGUAAACAUCAUGAGCUAAGAAAACGAAUGACAGAAGAAUCAGAAAAAAUAGUGAAAGCUCGUGAUACAGUCAUAGAAAAGUUUAAGAAAUAUUCAGAUAGUUUAAUCAACCAUUUAGAACAAUAUGUUAGUAACAAAACGACUAUAAUUGCAGAUAAGCAACGUCUUGUUGCUGAAGCACUUUUAAAAAUGCAGCAUUCUGUAGACUUUGUUGAAAAUGCUUUAACAAUUGGAGAUGAUGUGUCAAUUUUAUAUACAAAAGGAUUAAUGGUUAAAAACUUGAAGCAACUUUCAGAAAGUGGCAUUCCUUUUCAGCCCAGCUUUCUUAAUUACAGCAUUGUUUAUGAAAAUGAAAUAGACAUUUUAAUAAAGAACCAACAGAAGUUAGGUUUUCUACAAAUCGAUGGGAACUGGUUCCCCCAAAAAACAGUAACUGUUGCUGCACCUCAAUCUCAGGGAAAUCAUCCAGCUAUUCCUCAGCAACAACAAAACCGACAACCUAGAUUUCCCUCUAACCAUAUAUCACAAGCUGCAUUUAAUGCACAGAUACGAGAAAAAAUUCGUCAUUUACCACCUGAACAACAGUCUCUUUAUGAGGCUAAGUUACGUGAAAAGUUUCGCAUGCAACAACAGCAAGCUCAAAUAAAAGCACAACAGCAAGCUCAGCAAGCACAGAUGAACAGAAACCAGAAUACUUCUAUCAUCCAAAACCAGUUAAAUAACCAUGUUAUGAACCGUCCAAAUCAACAUGGAGUUCCAAACAGAUCACUACCUCCACAGAAUAGUCAGCAUGUUGCUAUGAAUGCUGCUGGACAUUUGGCUGCCCUUUCUCAUCAGAGGCAUUCACCACAGCCACCUCAUUAUCGCAACAUUGCUCCAGCUGUACCAGGUAUGAGACCUAAUCCACAGAAUACAUUCCAACAAUAUAAUAAUAUUACAAUGGUGGGAGGGGCUCAGAAUGGCAAUUCUAAUAUGCCCAAUCCAGUUGUAAACAGAGAAAAAUCUUGGAGUAAUUGUCGCAUGGCCUCAGCUGAAACCUCGCCAGGUGCCCAGGCUGCGGCCUAUGCCAAUAAGACGCCAAGUCCAGCAGGAGCAGGAUUUGACCAUCAGUCUGGUGCAGCAGCAAGUCAGCCAGCACCAAUAGACCAGUUACAGGCCUGGGCCUCACAGACAGUCCAAAGUGAUCAUCAGAAAUUUAAAAGAGAAGAAAGAUCAUCCUGUGCCUUUAGUACUUCAUCACAGGAGAAAAGAUUACCUACUCCCCCUGCAUUAAAACCAGCUUCAGCGCCAGCUUUAGCGCCAGCGUCAGCAGAACCCAUUCAAAUAAGUAACCCACCCACACCUAUUUACCCUCCCUCCACGGGCAAAUCUAUGCCACAAACCAAAGAAGAGGAUCCUAAUGAAGAUUGGUGUGCUGUUUGUCAGAACGGAGGAGAUUUACUGUGUUGUGACAAAUGUCCAAAAGUCUACCAUUUGAAAUGUCAUGUUCCUGAACUUAGUCAGUUCCCAUGCAAGAUAAAAAUGAACCACGAUUUGUAUUCCAGUGGAGAAUGGCAGUGUACUCUGUGUAAGACGGAUGAACAGGUUGUUCUGAAAGAGAAAGAAAAUAAAGAAUUCUCAUAUAUUCCUGGAACAAAAAGAAAAGCUCCAACGGGAUUGUCGGAACAUGAGAGGAAGACAUGUGAGAGAAUUCUGCUAGAGUUAUUUAUCCAUGAAAAGAGUACAGUAUUCCAUGAACCUGUCAGUAAAGCAGUUCCUAAUUAUUACAAGAUUAUCACCAAUCCAAUAGAUUUUUUAAAGAUCAAAGUCAAGGUCCAAAGACAGAAUUUUAAUCAUUACGAUAGUGUAGAAGAGUUCAUAGCAGAUGUUAAACUCGUGUUCCAGAAUUGUGCUACCUACAAUGCUGCUACAUCAGAGAUAGGUAUAGCUGGUAAGAUAGUAGAAGAAGAAUUUGAAAGACUGGUUCAAAAAUAUCUACCGUGCUAUAUGGACUCUUAUGAUGAAAUCCGUCAUUGUCAAACCAGUCCAUGUCCUGAAUCAGAAGCUUCAAAAGCUAAAAAAGCAAAAGGAUUUGAACACGAUCCUUCUCUUUCUAUGAAUGUUCACUGAUUUGUUGUGUUUUAUUGUAUUUCUGAUCUGUAAUGUGUGUAAAGAUGAUUUUCCGUUUUCCAGUCUUGUUACACAAAGUCUUAGACGGAUUUCAUUUUUCACUUCUAUUUAUGUAUUUAUUUAUGUUCUUUAAAAAACGUUAGGAUAUAGGAAAUUUAUGUUUUUCCUCAUUCAAUCCUAAAUUUUGUAAAUGUGUGCUUUCAGCCUUUUUCAGAAGAAGAAUGGCUAGGACUUGAUCAAAACUUUAUUUCAUUUUUAUUGCUCUAUAACUUGUAAAAUGGUUUGUUUUAUGUUUACUUGAAAUUUAGACAUACAUAUGUUAAUAGGUUAUGUAUAGUGAGCAAUACAUUCAAAAAUAAGAGUCAAUUGUAUUGAUUAAGAACAAAUUCAAUAUUAAAGGAUGCUUGCUACUUUUUUCACAUUUUAUAUUUGGAAUUUGUAGGUUCUACCCCUAAAGUGCCAUAAAAACAUUUUGCCACUUAUCCCUAAUUUUCUUUUCAUUAUUUUAUAACAUACAAUUUAAGAUAGCCAGGUUUUUUAAAUUGUUUAAAAUCCUUGUUAUUUUUCCAAAUUUUUGAAAGAAUAAGGUGUCUUAUGUUAAAUAUUUGAAAAUUUAGAGAGCAACAUUCCAGCCAAUAAUUUUAAGGCAUAUAUCUGAAAAACAAGAACACAAAUCUUGCUGUCGCAAAACAUUUUGUCUUCCUUCUGUUUUUACAAAUGUAAGAUUUCAAUGUGUAUUUAACAUGUUUAAUGUGACUGACACCACUGUCAUAAAUUUUCACAAAUGUUCAGAAUGAAUGGUGCACAGGUAUUUCAAAGUUUAACAUGUCAAAAGGUGUGUGAUUGUUUUUAUAGAGCCUAGGUACAAAGGUAUGUCAUAGAUAUUAUGAUUUAUCAAAGUUGAUUGAUACUUAAAUUUGUAAAGAAUAAAGAAUUUGAAUUUCUCAGGUUAAUCAUUUAAAAAGCUGACUUAUUCCCUCUAAAAAGUUAUGUGUAAUCAGUGAUGGUAGAAAUGAUAUUUCUUCUAUUCUUUGGGUAUUAUUUUGACACAAUUUAAAGUUUGCUUAUAUUCAGUUUAAAUGAAAGAAACACACGAAAAUUAUAGGGUAGAGAUGUUGCCAAUUCUGAUCAAACCUCAAAAAUAAACAAAUGUUCAUUAUUCAAGGCAAUGUAUCCAUAAUUUGGUGAUAUUUUGGAUUUUGACGAAAAUUAUUAGUGUUUGAAACUACAGCAAAAUAUCUAAAAAGAAAAUGAAAUAUGUGGUAUAUAUACUGCCAUAGAUACAGUAAAUUAAAAAUGUGGAAAAUAGGUCUAUCUAAUUAAAUGUAUAUAAUGUUUGUAUAAAGUGGUGAAAAAAUUACAUCUUAUCAUAUUUUAAAUAGUCUUGUUGAAAUUCUGUUCACAUCCCAUUAAUAAAAAUGAUAUGUUAUUGCAGUAUAAAACAUUUCCGUUUUCAUAAAUUGAAAAUGUUAGAAUAACUAUUUUAGAAAUCAGUGAGUCUUAAUAUGUAAUCUGAAAACUGGACAGAAACAGCAACAUAAUUGUAAGGUUAUGACUCAGCUAUACAGCAAAAUCAUAUUUUUCAUGUAUUUUCAUACCUAAUUCAAACAUGUAUCAUUAAAACAGCAAUAAAGUAUACAUGACAUUUUCAUAUCAUUAUGAUCAUUAAACAGAAAUUUUUACCGUAAUGACAUACAUGUACCAUAUUUGAUCUAAAUUUUUGUCAUUGGCAUUAUUUUAAAACAGAAACAUCAUUGACAUUUAUAUUACACUAUUAGUAUGAUUUUCAGUUAUGUUACUUUUUUCAUUUUUCUAUUAAAUGGAUUGGGCAAUUAUUCCUGGAAUAUGAAUUAAAUGGGGAACUAUACUAGAAGUUCAGAACAGGAUUAUAGAAAGAUAAUGUCAUAUUUACAUUAAUGAUUUAAAAUCACAUACCAUAGACUUAACAGUAUACUAUUUGAUAAUAUUACAUCAAUAUUACAUCAAACCGAUUUAAGUAAGUUUUUAAUAUAAUUUUUUUUAGAUCACAAGAAGGUAAAAAAAAAGUUAUGGACAUAAAUUUCUCUAAAAUAUUUGUGAUUAUAAAAAGAACAUACUGAUAGUGGCUCGUCUUAAAAAUUACUUAAUAAUCCAAUGAUUUUAACAUCUAGAAAUGUGCAGUUUAAUGAAUUAUUGUACAAUAUAUUAUUUAUUUGCCAUUGUUAUAUCAUUUUCAUAAAAUUUUCUGAACAUGUAUACAAGAAUGCCUCAUCUACCAUAGCAGGGGAUGCUAUGUAUUUUGAUAAGUGUGUUCACAGUUCUGUCCUGUAUCAGGUUAGAUUUAUUUAUUGUAGGUAAAAGUGUUAAACUUGAUGUUGUGGUCACAUAAAAUCAAACUUGGUGCACAUGUUCAUUCUGAUAUGAACUUUUAAAAAGAUGCCAAAAUAGGGUUUUAACCUGGAUUUCAUAGUUCACUGAACAUGAAUAAAUGAUAGUGCGAACAGGGCAUAGGUUUAAGUGACAUUCAUUGUUGUUUCAAAACCAGAUUCAGUGCUACAGGUUAAUCACUGAAUACACUCCACUUUUUAUUUGUGUGAAUGAAAACCAUGAAUUUGUACAUACAUAAUGACAACCAAUAAAAGUAUUUUUACAACUG